AUGGGCUUUGGACAAAGAUGGAGGAAUUGGGUUACGGAGUGUGUAAGUACGAGUUCUAUGUUUGUGUUGAUAAACGGAUCGCCUUCUAAGCCAUUUAAGAUGGAAAGAGGUUUGUGGCAGGGGGAUCCAUUGUCUCCAUUUCUAUUUGUACUUGUCGCUGACGUUCUACAUAGGAUGUUUGGGGAGGCGGUGAGAAAUGGGCAAAUUUUGCCGUUACUGGUGGGUAGAGAUCAUGUCGAGUUGUCACAUCUUCAGUUUGCGGAUGAUACUGUUCUGUUCUGCCCCCUGGAGGAAAAAACCAUAAAGAAUUACAGGAGGAUCCUGCGUUGUUUUGAGCUUAUGUCGGGGCUAACUAUUAACUUUGAUAAGUCUAGCUUGAUUCCUAUUAAUUGUGAUGUUCAGUGGGUACAGUGUAUGUCUAGAGUGAUAGGCUGUAAGGUAGCCUCACUUUCGGUGAAAUACUUGGGGAUCCAGUUAGGAACAAACCCGAGGUUGGUGAAGACUUGGAAGCCCAUUAUAGAAAAAGUGGAGGAGAAGCUGAGCAUUUGGAAGGCCAAGGUUCUCAACAAAUCCGGUAAGUUGGUGCUUAUUAAAUCUGUUUUAAACAGCCUGCCAGUCUAUUAUUUGAGUUUGUAUAAAAUGCCAAAGGCUGUUGCAGAGAAACUGAUUUUCCUAUAUAGAAGGUUUCUAUGGGACAAGGAGGAUGGUCGGUUUGGUAUGGCAAUGGUCAGGUGGGAGGUGGUGCAGGCUCCCAGAAAGCUAGGGGGAUUAGGUGUCGGGGAUGCCAUGGUUCGUAACACAGCCCUCCUCUUUAAGUGGUGGUGGUGCUUUUCGAAGGAAGAUUGCCCUUUAUAG